CUGGGGUAUCAGGGACCCCCGAACGAAAUUAAGUAAUUACAUACAUUGAAUGUGAUAGAAAAAUUUAUGUCAAUUAAAUAAAUGGCUGAGAAAAGAAAUUGCGAGCAUUAAAUAAAUAACUCAGUAAUGCAAUUAUGUAAAUUAAAUAAUAACUCAGUUGCUUUUUUCAAAUGAUUUAUUUACCAAAGUGCAUGAAGUAAGUAUAAGUUUGUCAAACAAUUACAAUAAUAAUUCAGCCUUAAAACAGGCAUGAUUAUCAUACUGGCUGUAGUCUGGGACCCCCUAAAUCAUGUCCAAGCCAUGUCCAGUCUUCUACAUCUCUGGUCAUUGAUGUAGAUAUAACCUCAGCUAGUGGUAUAAAACAAUAAGUUUUCAAUAAAUAGUAUACUCAUUAUGGAUGAAAAAUGUAUAAUAACAAAGCUUCCUCAUCACAUUCAGCAAAAAUUGUGUCACACAAGACCACCCUAUAGACAAGGAAAAAGAUUAACAUCCGUGAAGGUUUAUACAAUAAAUGAUGAAUCAAUACAUUUGAUGGUAUGUGGAGUACCUAAGCUCCAAUUAGGUGAAGAAGUAAAGAAACUUGUUGAACCUUAUGGAUGUAUUAAAAAAAUACAUGUAUUGGCUGAAUAUCCCACAGAAGAAUUUACAGAAGCUUAUUAUAUAAAAUAUGCUCGUAUACAGAGUGCAAGAAUAGCUAAACGUUUCAUUGAUGGUAAAAAUUUUUAUGGAGGUUCCCUACAUGUUUUUUAUGCACCUGAGCUUGAAACUUUAACAGAAACUAAAGCGAAAUUGACUCAACGUCGCCGGGAUGUGCUUAUCCGCAUAAAAAGAAAUCAACAGGAUAUAAAAAAUCCAAAUAUUGACAAAUUUAUUCCUAAGGAACAGUUUCAUAGAAAAAAAAGAACACCAGCUUUACCACUUACAGAGGAACGACUAGCUCAACAUUAUCCUGGAGAAACAUUAUUAUCUAUUUAUAAUGGAAUACCACAAAAUAUAGAUCCAAGACCUGUGUCUGAACCUAGUUUACCUUCUACAUCAUGGGGUUAUCAAGAGAAUGCUCCAUACCAUCCAACUGAAACUAUUAUUAAAACAGCUGAAUCUAAAGAAAUUGUAAUAAAAUCUGAUCAUACAAGCAAUAAAAGAAAAAAUUAUAAAGGACAGCCUGUUAAUACUAAUGCCAAAGUUAGAGUUGUUAGACCUCAACUUAUAGACACAAGUACUGUGGUAAAGUGGGAUACUUCUACAAAGAAUAUUUUUUCCAAUCCAAAAAAGGGUCAGAAUAGUAUCACUAUUAAAUUAAUAUCAAAUAAUAACGAUAAAAAGAAGAUUGUAAUAAAAAAUCCAAGUGUAUCACAUUUAAUACAACCAAGCGAAGAUCUUCAAGUUUCAAUUAAAGAAGCCAAGUCUCAAAUACGCAUGGCUAUGCAAAUGAAAUAACCGUAUAAUAUGAUAAAGAAAAUUUUACUGUAAAAACUAUUUUAUAUUUAAUAAAUACAUUAAUUAUAAUUAA